CGCCACUCCUCUAAGAGUUGGACAACGAGGAGGAGAAAUCAUAAAUGGCGACGAACGAAGCAGCAACAACAGCGACUCCAACCCCCGCAAACAUAAUCACCGCCCUGACUAGUGCUUUUAAGAGCCAAAAUGGCGAGGCAGCAUCGAGCACGCGCAUAGCCCAGCUCCUCGAGCAGAAUAUGGGCCAGCUUGGCGAGCUCAUGCGGCAGGGCAAGCUUACUGCCGUACAGAUCCAGCAGCUGAAAGAUUACGCUGAAAAACACAAGUCCGCGACCAGUGCUUCGGGAAACGUGGCUGGCACUUCAACCGCGAAUGCCGGUACAAAGACCGGAGCUGUUGCGACGACUGCUACCGCUUUUAAAAGCGGGUCACCAGCACCUGUUCUUACAUCCACACCUGGUGACGGGUAUCCCAUUAGCCAAACUCUCAACACUACCAAUCCAGGGCCCGUUCAGUGGGCUGCUGCGCAGCAAGGAAGACCAACUCUUACAGGUGGGAUGACUAGUGGCAGAUUGUCUGGUACCCCUGCUUCGAUCGCACGAUCUACGGACGACGUUGGCAUGCUUAGCUUAGAGGAUAGCCACACACGGAGAAAGAAUACCCCGGGAGAUCAGAGCAUGAGACGGUCAAUUCAAGACCUCGUCUCAAGUGUUGAUCCCAAUGUUCGGAUUGAACCUGAGGUGGAGGAUCUACUUCUUCAAAUCGCCGACGAGUUCAUCGACUCGGUCACGAACUUUGGCUGUCGACUAGCAAAACAUCGCGGCGGUGACACGCUCGAAGUCAAAGACCUCCAGCUUCACCUUGAACGCAACCACAAUAUCCGUAUUCCUGGAUUUGCAUCGGAUGACACGCGAAUAGCUUUAUCUCAGGCUGCUGUAGCACCUUCUGUGCCUGCAGCGGCAACAAAGAAGGCAGCCCAGGGUUCAUCCAUGACUUUACGCAGUCACCGCUUGGCGCAGGUGCAACAAGCGAAAAGGGAGAGCAAGCUCGCAUCGUGAAUCGCGCUGGACAUUCUCCCUUUCUUUGCUAUACCUCUUCUUUGCUUAUUCGACUUGUAACUUAUAAGUACUAUACCAUGCCAUACUAGUAUCUCAACGUUGUACAUUUUGCAACUAUCAGUAGUUCUUGCUGAUCAAACAUCACUAGAUAUACUAGUACUUACUCGAGGAGGGUUGAGUCUGAAGAUCAUACAUAUAUUCAAAGUACUCCAAGACCGUGUGCA